AAUUGACAUGUUUUAUUUGUAAUUUGCUGGUGUGGGGGCGCUUGCCUCAUAAAAUUGCGGGGGUAUACAAAAUACACGUGUUUUAAAUAAAAAAUGAUAGUGAAUGAGUAAAUAACAACAAAUAUUUGUUAAAAAUGAGUAAGUUGUAUGUGCUCUUCGAGCACGCCGCGGGCUUUGCCCUCUUCCGCGUCGCGGAGUUCGAGGAGCUGGCAACCUUUUUGCCACAAGUGGAGCAAUCUGUGACAGACUUGCAGCGUUUCAACUCUGUCGUGUCUCUCAUCGCCUUCCAACCGUUCAAGUCCGCUAUUUUGGCUUUGGAGAACAUUAAUGCAAUAUCUGAAGGCAUUCUGCCGGAGGAUUUAAACCUCUUCCUUGAAGGUGCAUUGCCAAAACGCAAGAAGCGAUCAAAAUGCACCCUAGGUGUACUCGACCCAAAGCUCGGUGCAGCUAUCAGCGAAGCCCUGGAAAUCCCAUGCUCACAUAUUGGUGCAGUACCUGAGCUGAUCAGAGGUAUAAAAUUCCACUUUCACGCUUUAAUCAAGGGGCUGACACAGAAGGCGUGCAGUGUGGCUCAACUCGGACUUGGCCAUUCCUAUUCUCGAGCCAGGGUCAAGUUCAACGUGCACCGAGUAGACAAUAUGAUCAUUCAGUCUAUUGCGCUUUUAGAUCAAUUGGAUAAAGAUAUAAAUACAUUUUCUAUGAGGAUCAGAGAAUGGUACUCCUACCACUUCCCGGAGCUUGUCAGCAUCGUGCCAGACAACCAUCUAUACACGAAAUGUGCUGAAUACAUUAAAGACAGGAAAUCUCUCACCGAAGAGUCAGUGGAGCCCCUUACCGAGAUACUCGGUGACUCUGAGAAGGCUCAAGCUAUAAUAGAUGCGUCCAAAAUGUCCAUGGGCAUGGAUAUAUCGCCCGUGGACUUGAUCAAUAUACAAAUGUUUGCUGGGAGGGUUGUGUCAUUGAGCAAUUACAGGAAGCAAAUAUCGGAAUACCUUCACACGAAAAUGAACUCUGUGGCUCCAAACCUGACGACCCUCAUCGGAGACCAGGUCGGAGCUCGGCUCAUCUCAAAGGCUGGAUCGCUCACCAACCUCGCCAAGUAUCCUGCGUCUACUUUGCAGAUUCUUGGUGCCGAAAAGGCUCUGUUCCGUGCCCUGAAGACGCGUUCGAACACGCCCAAAUAUGGUCUCCUGUAUCACUCCACAUUCAUCGGUCGAGCUGGACUCAAGAACAAAGGCAGAAUCAGUCGGUACUUGGCCAAUAAGUGCUCUAUUGCAUCGAGGAUAGAUUGUUUCUCUGAAAACCAGACAACGGUAUUCGGUGAAAAGCUCCGUCAGCAAGUUGAAGACCGUCUGAAAUUCUAUGAGACCGGGGACAUUCCAAUGAAAAACAUUGAGGUCAUGAAAUUGGCGAUGGAAGAAGCGGAACAGCAGACUCAAGAAGAGCAGAGCGCUAAAAAGAAGAAAAAGAAGAAGAAAGACAAGAAGCAAGAAGUGGAAGUAAUGGAGGAAUGAACGGUAUGCGAAUUCUCAAACGCAACUAACGUGCCUUUGGUUGACGACUACUUUGAUUGGGUUGUGUUUGAAGAUUCGGCUGAGUUCAGAGUUUAUUUUGAGUAUGUACUUUGUAAGGAAUAAAGUUUUACGACUGUA